AUGUCCAUCUUGCGGCUCCUUGCCAACUCUUCACCCACACACCCUUAUCUUGUGGCUUCAAACAAGAACUGGGGGUCACACACUUGCAGCUUCGUCACGCAGCGGUUGAGCAUAUCCCCAGGAGUACUACAGUCGCCUAUAAGAGACUACGAUGAAUCAUUGGCAGAGCUGGGUCCCAGCCCGAGCCCCGAUCCCCUUGCUGAUGUCCCGGACACCACACAGUCAUCCCGUCGGGAUCUCUGCUCCGACAGUGACGCUCCCGAGAACUUCAUGUGGCCACGAUUUCUAUCCAGACUUAGAAACGCAUUCUAUCUCGAGCCAAACUCGUCACCCGCCGAGAGAGAGAUUGCUAGACUUGAAGCUCGCUCGUCGCGAGCCACUGCGUCUCACCAGUCUGCGGAAGCAAUCCGCUUGCAGGCGGCCACUGAAAGCCUCCCACCCAGAUCUGUAGCCAUCUUUCUGAGCAAGCUCUGUAUUCAACAUGGAACCGACUGCUUCUUCUACUUUGAUCAACCAUCUUUCUUGGCUGAGGUGGAGGAGUUUUACAACGACUUGAGCUUACCUCUUCGUCGGGAUCCCAGCUUCCUAUGUCUUUUGCUGUCAGUUCUUGCUCUGGGAGCUCACUGGAGUCCGCGGGCCCGACCAUCCGCUCUGUCUGGGUCUCUUCAAAUUCCUGCGGAAGACCCUGGACAGGUAUUUUGCGGUCAUGCCCGGAUCUUGAUGGCAGACACCAUGGAUAGAGAUGUCAUGACAGCUCAUCUGCCUCAGCGCCGAGCAACUGAUGCCCUGCAAAGCUUCGAUAACUUGGAUCACCAAGUAGCCAACGCGCAAUUUGUCAAAAUCAUUGACACUCUCAUUGAGCCGGCAUCAUGUGGCAUCGCGGCAAAGAAGAUGUUGAACAUACUCGAAGACGCUAGUCAAUCUGGAAACAUGGCCCCAAGAUCCUUUACGGACUUUCAGGGUUGCAGUAUCGCCACAAUCAUCGUGAUCCUUACCGGCAUUCUGGAGCGAGACUCGGCCUACGAUGCCCGAGUCGCCUUCGGUCUGCGCUGUCUCAGAAGGAUGGCUGACUUGCACAUGGCUGGUCGAAUGGCAGUACGAUUUGUAGAGGCACUCAUCUCCAUCGCCGAGGAGGCACGGGCCAAGGUCAGGCCGUUCGGUUCGACACAAUUCGAUGGGGAUGUCAGCCAAGAGGCUUCUGAGUACCUUCUCUGGACAGACUGGCUGAACAGGAACACAGACACAUCUGGAACUGAAAGAAAUCGAUCCAAUGCAACCAGACAACGGUCGCGUGCUCAUUCAGAAGCUGCACAAGCUGCUUCUGGCGCAUCGCCAAUGUGGGAGGAAGCUGCUGCAUUGCUCCAGCUUCGAAACCCAUCUACACCCAACCAAGCACUCGUGGUUGAAGAUGUUGCACUGCCAACGUCUGCGCCUGAGUUACCAGAAGAGGCACCGUUCGAUCUAGGUCUGGAUGCUGACUUCCCUCCGGCCACUUUUGCCGAGAAUCACAUGCAACUGAUGGGUCUCACUGGUAUGGACAUGUUGGAUUUUACAUUUGACAUCUAA